CCGAAGCGCGGGCGCCUCCAAAUCGCGCCCUUUCGCUCUCGCGAGAUCGUGUUUACGUCACACCUCGUCGCCAUCUUGGGCCCUGGCCGAGUAAUAAAUAUCCCCGCACUAGGGCGCGGUCUUUCUUCAGACGCGCCUUGUCGGGAGUGUUUCUGGCUCUGCGUUCCUCUCGCGGCUCUGUAGUCUGCGGCUUCCGUGGCCCGGAGCGAGGCCCGGCAGCCCGCGCUCGAGGCCCGCGUCGCCAUGGCCGCGGUUCCCGAGUUGCUGCAGCAGGAGGAGGAGGACCGCAGCAAGCUGAGAUCUGUAUCUGUGGACCUGAAUGUUGAUCCCUCGCUUCAAAUUGACAUACCUGAUGCACUCAGUGAAAGAGAUAAGGUCAAGUUUACAGUACACACCAAGACCACGCUGCCCACAUUUCAGAGCCCAGAGUUUUCUGUUACAAGGCAACAUGAAGACUUUGUCUGGCUACAUGACACUCUUUCUGAAACUGCAGACUAUGCUGGGCUUAUUAUUCCGCCUGCUCCUACAAAGCCUGACUUUGAUGGCCCUCGAGAGAAGAUGCAGAAACUGGGUGAGGGUGAAGGGUCUAUGACCAAAGAAGAAUUUGCCAAGAUGAAGCAAGAGCUGGAAGCUGAAUAUCUCGCUGUCUUUAAGAAGACUGUGUCCUCCCAUGAAGUCUUUCUUCAGCGACUCUCUUCUCACCCUGUUCUCAAUAAAGAUCGCAACUUUCAUGUUUUCCUGGAAUAUGAUCAGGAUCUAAGUGUUAGGCGGAAAAAUACCAAAGAGAUGUUUGGUGGCUUUUUCAAAAGUGUGGUGAAAAGUGCUGAUGAAGUCCUUUUUUCUGGAGUCAAGGAGGUAGAUGACUUCUUUGAGCAAGAGAAGAAUUUCCUCAUUAACUAUUAUAAUAGGAUCAAGGAUUCAUGUGCAAAAGCUGACAAAAUGACCAGAUCUCAUAAAAGUGUUGCAGAUGACUAUAUCCACACUGCAGCCUGCCUACAUAACCUGGCUUUAGAAGAGCCCACCGUUAUCAAAAAGUACUUAUUGAAGGUUGCUGAGCUAUUUGAAAAACUUAGGAAAGUAGAGGGUCGAGUCUCCUCAGAUGAGGAUUUAAAGCUGACAGAGCUCCUUCGAUACUACAUGCUCAACAUAGAGGCUGCUAAGGAUCUCUUAUACAGACGUACCAAAGCCCUCAUUGACUAUGAGAAUUCAAACAAAGCGUUGGAUAAGGCCCGGUUAAAAAGCAAAGAUGUGAAGCUGGCUGAGGCACACCAGCAGGAAUGCUGCAAGAAAUUUGAACAGCUUUCUGAAUCUGCAAAAGAAGAACUAAGCAAUUUCAAACGAAAGAGAGUGGCAGCAUUUAGAAAGAAUUUAAUUGAAAUGUCUGAACUGGAAAUAAAGCAUGCUAGGAACAAUGUCUCCCUCUUGCAGAGCUGCAUUGACUUGUUCAAGAACAACUGAUCUGCCUUUUCUCUGAACGAAGGAUAUGAAUGUGAAAGCCAGCGUCACUUGCACUUAAAUCAUUACAACAGAAGAUUUAUUACCUUUGACUUUAGUUUAAAAUUAUGUUAAUAAAUAUUUUGAUUUCUAAAAAUCUUAACACUUAACCAUGUUGGUUUAAAAAUAUUUCUACUACAUGCUCCUUGGACAUAACUAAUCUCCUUAAGCAUUUACUAAUUCAGAGUGUGCAGAAUCUAAAACUGGGUUCUCUGUAAUUUUCUUUAGUUAUUAAGAAAGGGUACAGGAAAUAUGUGCCUUCUGGAAGCAAGCAUAAGCAAUUGCCUGGCACAUGUAGUCUCACUGUUUCAUGUGCCCGUGUCCCUACAAACCAGAUAUAUUAGGGUAGGUGCCAAUUACAACCAAUAAUUCAGCUGCUGUUACAGGUAACAAACAUUCCAUUCCUUAAUGAGGUAACUUUCCCCCUUCUUACUGAGUUUUUAGUCAUCUUUAGUGUUUGUACUAUAACAAGAGCAAGAACACCUCAUUUAUCUUUCUAUACCCUUUGCAGCACCAUUUUUGUAGUUGGGAUAUAAAUAUUCGAGAGAGAAGUAUCUUAAGGGUAUAAAAAUGAAUUUGGUUUAUUUUAGAAAAUAGCCGGGUCUACAUUAAGAAAGAUGUGAAUGCCCUCCCUAAUUGGGUGGGUGGGGGGUGUGUGUGUGUUUGUGUUUGGACUUUUUGUAAAGUGUGUAAUAAAAUAAUAAACUGUGAUGUCAUAUGGAGUGUUUUUGUGGAAAAUAAGCCCAAGAUUGCAGUUGCAGCUAAGCCUUGGCAGUGGUGAAGGGCUUCACUGUCUGCCCAGUCCUCCUGGCCUCUGUUCUAAUCUUAAUGUUAACAUUUUUGAAGUGUUUCAGAAGGUCCUCAGAUCUGGGUUUGUCUGCUUUUGAUUUGAUUCAGGUUUGUGUUUCUGGCAGGCUUUAUAUGAUGCUGCGUCCUCAGAAAGGAUGUCUGUGUCAUCAUUGAUGAUGACCGAGCACUUAAGGUAGUGCCUUCCAGGUUUUCUCUCUGAAGUUUUACAUCUUAUCUUUGUAAUUAGCUAUUGGAAAGAUACUUUGAGACGGUGUAAAAAAUGUUUACCCACCACUUUUAGCCUCUACUCUUAAUUAGUUGUAACUGGUUGUAGGAUUGCAAAACAUCGAUAUUUGAAUACCAUAGCAUUUUUUUCGUACAUUAAACUGCUUUGAAGUCUUACCUCCCCAGCCAGGCACAGGUAGCUGAAAUUCACUGAACAUAGUAGCUUCUACAUUUACAUAUUUGGGAAGCAUGGUGCUGAAAAUGAGUGGGUUUAAACUGGUCUGCUUACCUGUCAACCCCCAUACUGUCUAUAGUAGUGGUUAUGUGUGGUCAGGGUGGACAACUCGGUUGCAACUGGUCCAAGGAGCUCUGACUACUGGACCACCUUGUCUCAAGACUUGCUGGGGCUUUGCUACCCUUUGCUCUAGAUCUGUUGCUGGGUAUCAAGUUAGGGAUGCUGUGUUGGGUCCUGGCUCUGCUUGCUGAGAGGUCUAAACGGGUACCCUCCGAGUCAGACACAUCUGUAUGCUGCAGCAA